AUGGAAGAAAUAAAUAGUAAAAAAAAUCAUAAAAUUGGGUCAAUUACGGUCAUCACUGGAAAUAUGUUUUCGGGCAAAACUGGCUUGCUAAUCGCUAAAUAUAAUCAAAAUAAAAAUUAUCGAAAAUGUUUAGCUUUUAAACCAACUUUGGAUACUAGGUAUAGUGAAACCGAAAUAGUUUCUCACGACCAAGAAAGUAUUAAGGCCAUUCCCAUUACUACUAUUCAGGAAAUAGAUAAAUAUAAAGAACGAUUCGACAGUGCUUAUAUUGAUGAACUACAUUUUUUUUCAAGGAACGACCAAGGAGGCGAGGUUAACCGUUAUUUGAAUGAACUGGCCAACCAAAAUAAAGAAAUUGUGGGGGCUGGUUUAACUUGGGAUUGUUUUGCCGAUAAACCCUUUUUGUCAGUAGCCCAUUUGGUGGCGACUGCUGAAUAUCCGCCAGUAAGUAAACCAAACAUAAAUAAAGAUAAAAAUGCGCUAAUAAUUAUUGCCGGAGGUAGUGGCACUGGUAAAACUACUAUCGAAAAUUUACUGGCUCAAAGCCCCAAUAUUACUAAAUUAGUUUCAACUACUACUCGACCACCACGAGCGGGAGAAGUAGAUGGCCAAGACUACUAUUUUAUUAGCAAAGCAGAAUUUGAAGUAGAAUUAGCAAAAGGCCGGUUUUUAGAGCAUGUUAUUUACGAUGGUAAUUAUUAUGGAGUGCAUGGUAAAGUGAUCGAUCUAAUUUUAGGAACUCAAAAGAAAAACGGAGUAAUUAUUGUGGAUGUGGAUGGCUUUCGACAAAUUAAAAAAUACUGUCAAGCCAAAGGCACUAGUGAACCAGAAAUUAUUCGGAGAUUAAUUAUUGAAGAAAAAGAAGGAAAAUUUGCUGUUGAGUUUGAUUAUAUUUUGACCGUUAAAGAGAAUGGUUUAGCCGAAGUAGUUCGAACAAUUAAAAACAAAUUAAAUUAUGAAAUGAAUUAA